ACAACAACCCUAGUGCGUGCAAUGUCGGAAUGGCGCACGUCUGUGAUCGAGCUGCCAUCGGCGAUGACGAUCGUCGCUGCGAAUUUUGCAGCAAACUAUUCGUACAGAGGAAGAACAUGCUGCAACACAUCAGGAACGUUCACAAAAUGGCCGUGGAUGUCAAGAAAUUGAUGAAAUGCGACGUAUGUGGCACUUCCCUGCCUACAAUGGAGAAGUAUUCGGUGCACCAGAUCGCUGCGCACAACUUCGAGGCUGAUUACGUGCACCUGGUGAUCCGGAACAAUAAGGAAUUUCAUGAAUGGAAAGCAGAAGAAGAGGGUAGCCAAAACUGCUGGUUCAUUUUGCCCAGGGACCCCAAAAAGCUGGCCAGUGGAGAAACAAGGAUCCACUAUUACUGUAAUAGAUCAGGCGAGGCAAGGAAAAAGGAAGGUCAUAGUGACCGUCGGGAGAAAAGUCAGGGGAGCUGUAGGUCUGGUAAGAUAUGUCUUUCAUUUAUUACCGUCACAAUUACCGUCCGACACCUGAAGGCACCACCAUAAAAGUCAGGUAUCAAAGAAACCAUUACGGUCAUAAACCAGAAAUUCAGCACUUGAGAAUGAGUGACAAGAAAAAGGCCAGCGUAGCAGAGAACCUAGAAAGGGGUGUGCCCAUGAAAACCAUUCUAAAGCGAGUAAGAACAUCUGUGGCAUCCAAGCUGAGGCCCGUGCACUUGGCAGAGUGCUCAACCCUGCAUAACAUCAAACAGCAGUUUAACAUUGCUGCUCCUGAACAUUGUCACACUAAUGACGCUAUCAGUGUAGACAUGUGGGUGCUUGUGAUGAAAGAAAAAGGUGAAACACUUGUCCGCCUGUACAAGGCACAAGGUGCAGUGGACCCAAGUGGUACAUUUCCUUCAGCAGACUUUGCUCUUGUUCUGAUGACAGAGUCUCAGAAGGAGCUACUAGAAAAAUUGGGCCCUGCAGGUACUGUAUGUCUUGACUCGACACAUGGAACUACAGAGUACCAGUUUGAGCUGACCACUCUUCUGGUGCUAGAUAAAAUAGGAUCAGGUGUAGCUAUAGCUUAUUUCAUCUGCAACCGGAUGAACGAGCAAACUUUGACAGCAUUCUUCAAAUAUCUGGAGUCGGCCAUGGCCAAAAAAGUGGCUGCUAAGACAUUGAUAUCUGAUGAUGCGUCGCAAUUCUACAAAGCAUGGUCCAUGGUCAUGGGUGCCACAAAACAGAAACUUCUCAGUGCCUGGCAUGUGGAUAACAAUUGGCGUAAGAAGAUACUCGAGUGUGUAGAGAAACAGCUAAGGCCACAUGUUUACCAUAGUGUGUGGCUACUCUUAGAGUUCCUCGCGGAAAAGGCAUUUGAAGAUUAUUUUAAGCAAUUCCUUUCUAGUGAGGAAGAAAAACUGAGGGACUUCCUGAAGUACUUCAAUGACCACUAUGCAGUUAGGCCGCAAUAGUGGGCCUAUUGCUUUAGGACUAGAGCAGCUGUCAACACUAACAUGCACCUUGAGAGCAAGCGCAGGACGUUAAAGCAUACUAUGCUGGAGAGAAAACAGAAUAAGCAUGGUGACAAACUUAUUUCUGCCCUCAUGGACUUGACAAAUAAUUUUUUAAUGAAAAGGGCUAUCCAGAUGAUGAAAGGGGCAAAGGGUAAGAAGCUGAGCAGAAUUCAGAAGAACCACAGGUCUGGCAGUGAAAUGGCAGCUUGAGCCAAAUUAAAUGAAGAUGGCUGUGCCAAAUUAAAUGAAGAUGGCAUAUAGACUGUGCCAUCUCAGUCUAUUAAAGGGCUCUCAUAUAAAGUGUCAAAAGUGGGAGAUGGUGCUUGCUGUCCUUUGAGGUGUAAGGAAUGUGCAGUGUGUGUGCAUACUUACAUGUGCACUUGCUAUGACCAUCUUAUACACUUUACAGUGUGCAAGCACAUUCACUGUGUGGUCAUCGCUAAUCCAACUAGCAGCAACAAGGCCCAUGAGAGCUCACCCGAAGAAGCAUGUGAG